AGGAGGAAGAGUGUGAGACUAUGGAAGCUCCGAAGUUAUUGCUGUUGAUUUUGCUGAUUCCUUGCGACUUGUUUAUCGGCAAAUCCCUCGGAGAUGGCGUCACUCAUGAAGAAGCCAAAGAGCUCAGAGAUGAGGUGCGUGAGAUGUUCUACCAUGCAUUUAACGGAUACAUGAACCAUGCUUUUCCACGCGAUGAGUUAAGGCCUUUAUCUUGUGGAGGAGAAGACACACUUGGUGGCUAUGCCUUAACAUUGAUUGACUCAUUGGACACCUUGGCUUUGCUUGGUGACAGAGAGCGCUUUACUGCUUCUGUUGAAUGGAUUGGUAAAAAUCUUCGGUUUGAUAUUAACAAAACAGUAUCUAUCUUUGAGACUACAAUCCGUAUCCUUGGAGGUUUAAUUUCUGCUCAUCUCAUUGCAAGUGACCACAACACGGGCAUGAGGAUUCCCUCUUAUGAUGAUGAGUUGCUUCACUUGGCUGAAGACUUGGCACGGAGAAUGCUGCCUGCAUUUGAUACUCCUACAGGAAUUCCAUUUGGAUCAGUAAAUUUGUUGCAUGGAGUCGAUGAAAAUGAAAGCAAGAUAACAUCAACUGCUGGUGGAGGGACACUGACAUUAGAAUUUGGGAUACUCAGCCGCUUAACUAAUGAUCCCAUUUUUGAGCAAGUUGCAAAGAAUGCAGUUCGAGGAUUAUGGGCUCGCCGGUCAAAGAUCAAUCUAGUUGGUGCUCAUAUAGAUGUUUUUUCGGGUGAAUGGACACAAAAGGAUGCUGGGAUAGGGACGAGUAUAGACUCUUUCUAUGAAUAUCUCCUAAAGGCUUAUUUGCUGUUUGGUGAUGAAGAAUAUCUUUUCAUCUUCCAGGAAGCUUACAAGGCUGCUAUGAAGUAUCUCUUUAAUGAUCCUUGGUAUGUAGAGGUAAAUAUGAAUUCUGCUGCCCUUGUCUGGCCUUUAUUUAACAGCUUACAGGCAUUCUGGCCAGGUCUUCAGGUUCUGGCAGGGGAUAUCGAGCCUGCCAUUAGAACACAUGCUGCCUUCUUCACCGUCUGGAGAAGAUAUGGGUUUACCCCAGAGGGUUUCAAUCUAGCUACGCUCAGUGUUCAACAAGGCCAGAAAAGCUAUCCUCUGCGUCCAGAAUUGAUUGAGAGCACCUAUUGGCUGUACAAAGCUACCAGAGAUCCUAGGUAUCUUGAUGCUGGAAGGGAAAUUCUUGCUAGCUUGCAAUAUGGUGCUCGAUGCACUUGUGGAUAUUGUCAUAUAUCUGAUGUUGAAUUUCACAAACAAGAAGAUCACAUGGAGAGCUUCUUCUUGGCAGAAACUGUUAAAUAUUUGUGGCUUCUUUUUGAUUUAGCUGCUGGUCCAGAUAACCUGGUUGAGAAUGGACCGUACAAGUAUAUCUUCAGCACAGAAGGCCAUUUAUUGCCUGCAACUCCUCAAAUAUCCUUAGUACGUGAGCAUUGUUCAUACUUCGGAGCAUAUUGUAGGAACAGCAAUUUGAGACUCAAAACUCAUUCACCCGAGAGUGCACAAACUAAUUCCAGUGGCUCUCAAACACGACAUGCAGAUUCCAGUUUCUUAUCGCGCUCCAGUUAUCAAAGUUCCUCACCUGUCUAUGGUUUGAAGGUCAGAAAUUUUAUGGGACUCUGUCCAGGUCUAACCUAUGAACAAAGGUUUGGCAUAUCAUUCAUGUCUCCGGUGGAUUCAAGUAGUGAGGAUGAAAAUUCAAGCCAAAGGGAGACAACUGAAGUUCAGAGCCAUUCAGUUGUGCUGAAUUCAAACCCUGAUCCCGAAGUUCCCCUAUCGGGUCCUCAUAAUGAUCAUGACAAUGACCCAGCUCAUGUGCCCCAAGAAGAAAGCCCCUCUUCUAAACAAAAAAGAUGACUGGUGGCAACCUGUAAUGGAUUUUUGCCUUUUCCAGUUUGCUGUCCAUUU